CGAAUUGGGGCCGUUGGCAGUUUGGUCCCGAGAGAGAAACACAAAAGCUUCGUCAAAUGACUGGCAAUAAAUGCAAGAUCGAAGCAUCCAUAGCCGAGGCAGUCCUGAACGUGGAGGUGGCAAACUUCACCACUAAGCACUAUGAUCCCAACAUUCCCACAAAGCACAACCCGGUCCUCCGUUACAAUGCCGCCAACAAUGAAGAAGUACCCAAGCUUAGCAUCUUCGUGGGGCUUGGUGGCAAGUCAAGUGGCUCGAAGCCGUACAGAACGGACCUACCUGAGCGGACCUUGAUCCACUCGUAUGUCUUAAACACCAUGGUCGAAGUGAAGCCGUACAUCGAGAAAUUCAAGGCUAUACAUUGGAAGAAUACCCACAGGGAGCCUACCCCGGAAGAAUCCAAGCAAAUUUUCGAUAAGGGAGGCGGUUUCGGUUUCAGUAGCUGGUUUUGUAAUUUGGCAAGAACUGACAAAGAGAUGAAGUCAGAGCUAAGAAAAAUUGCUAGGGGCUUUGACCAUUCCGUAGAAGCGUUCAACUCCUAUGACGUGAACGGGUAUCGCUUCCAGACCCAUCAAUACACAACAAGCCGGCCCAACGCGAAGACAAUAAAUAGCGGGGUGGUAUGUCAAGGUGAUGAUGGGCUCCAUUACUAUGGAAGAGUCGAGGGUAUAUACGAGCUGAAUUACGGGUUUCACAAAGGGCUAAAUCCCGUCGUCUUCAAAUGCCAUUGGUUUGACCCACGUCGGGUGAGACGGGAUCCUGAAAUUGGGUUGGUCGAAGUUGAAAGGAACUCCGUUUAUAAGGGAGAGGAUGUGUACAUCUUGGCAACCCAGGCCUUUCAAGUAUUCUAUCUCCCGUACGCGUGCAGAAACCCGACAAAACGUCUACAUGGAUGGGAUGUUGUGAUGACGGUGCCUUCACGCAAUAGGCCGCCCCCGCCAAACAAGGAUGAUUACCGCCGCGUAGACCCCGCAGCAACGAGUGUCGAGUUUUAUCAGGAAGAAGGGCUCCCCGGCCAUUUCACAAUCGGCUUGCCGACUAUCGAUGACAUGGUCGUAGACGAUGAACAAGAAGACGCGGGCAUGGAUGGAGACAAUGCAGAAGAUGAAGCUGAGGAUGUCUGUGCCCCGGAAGACCUGAGUUUGCUCGAGGCGUUCAAAGCAGGGAUUGACCUCGAUGCAGAUGGACCACCUCCAGGUUUCAUUGAUGAUUAUUGGUUCGCCGAGCCUGAUGACGAUGAGGAGACACGCGGUCCAAUCACGGAUGGCGACACAGGCUACUGAUCUAUGUAGUAGUAAUUGUGAGGCUAGCCUAUUUGUAAUAACUCCGUGUAAUAGAGAUUGUCUAGCUAGGUUAUUUGUAAGAACUCCGUGCUAUGUUUGAGAGAACUCUAUGGUAGCUAUUUGUUGCUUCCACUAAUUAAUGUUCAUCCUUUUGCAUUAUUUGUUGCUUUCAUUAAUGUUCAUCUACUUAUAUUUCUGUUGCUUUCACUAAUAUUUAUCUCUUUGCAAUAUUGCGUACUAAUAAACCACUCU